AGUGAUAAAGGAAAACAAAAAGAAGUUAUUAAUAAAGUACAACAAAAAGAUAAAGAAUUACAAAUAUUAUCAGAUAAGUUUAUACAAUUAGAACAAAUUGCAAAAAUACAAUCAGAUAAAUUUCAAGAACAAGAACAAAAGAGAAAAAACCAAAUAGAUUAUUUAACUAAAUUAUUAUAUAUCAAAGAAAAAGACAAGUAUAAAACAGCAGAAAUAGAAGAUUCUAUAUAUAAUACCAUUAGAUAUUUCAGGAAAGAAUCAGCUAAAAAAUCAGAAAAACUUUGA